AUGGAUCCUGGGACACCUCUAGCUAUCAUCAGCCUUGCCAUACAGCUAACAGAAGGUCUUGUUUCAUAUUACGAGUUGUGGCGGAACGCCGCGCGGGAUACUGAAGAAAUUCAGAAAUCUAUCAUAUGGACGCAAAAUCUGUUAACCCAAUUGGCAAUCACUUUACAGAAAGAGAACCUGCCGGAAAAUGCCGUGUCUUUAAUCAGGCGCACUGUCGAAAGCUGCGAGGCCAACAUCUCGAAACUACAAACUAUCUUGGAUAAAAUUCGCAAAGAUGGGACACCAGAAGGCCUCCGUGCGACUUUCAGGACUGCAAAUCAGAAACUUUUGUACAUGUUCCACAGCAAGACUACCAGAGCCUUGAUGACAGCGUUGAAUGGUCUAAAAAAUGACUUGGAACUCGCUGUGAGCAUAUUGAACUCCGAAUUAUCUGCGGACAAUCUCGAUGGGCUCCAAAACUGCCAAAAGAAUCUCGAAUCCCUGAAAUUGGCGGUCGACGAGUCUGCAACUCACCAAAGGUCAAUACUAGAGGGUAAACGUCAAAACCCCCAUGAUACGGCUUACACUAACCAUGGGAAAGACCAGAAAUCCAAGGAAAGAUAUUUCGAGACUAUGCGUUGGCUCGCACCACCUAAUGUCGUCAAUGCCUACCAUACAGCGCUCGAGAGACGUGAGAUCGGUACCGGGCACUGGUUCCUGCAUAGUGGCCAGUUCGAGACCUGGCGAACCAGCGAUGCCUCUUGCCUAUGGCUACAUGGAGAUGUCGGGUGUGGCAAAACAAUACUAUGUGCGGCUAUCAUUGAGGAAAUCUCCACCAAAUCCACUUCACAAUCAGUGCCAGACAACCUGAUAUACUUCUACUUUGCAUUUGACAAUGUGCAGUGCCAGAGUUUAUCCGGUUUCUUGAGAUCAAUGCUAUCUCAACUUUGUCCCAAGGAUGGCGUGCUGCCACAACUAGCGGGGCUCUUCAAGAAGUAUAGUCCUGAAUUUCCGUCAUCAAGAGAAUUGCGGCUUACUCUCAUUGCGAUUCUGCGUGACCUUUGCGGGAAUUCACAUGCCAAACAGGAGACGAUCGCGCAAGGUGAAGGCGAUAGAGGUAUCCAGGAACUCAAUCACACUUUUCUCGUCCUUGAUGCACUGGAUGAGAUUCCAUAUGCAAGGAGGGAACCUGUCCUCAAAUUGCUGCAGUCCUUGUCUGAACUUCAAUUGCCAAGAUUACAUAUUUUGGUGACGAGCCGAGCUGAACGUGAUAUCGAAUCCGGUUUUGUAAAUUGUUCCAGGUGGCGAGGCUUGACAAUAUCACGAGACAAUGUUCAAAUUGACAUAAACAUCUACAUCAGUUCCCAGAUUGAGGCGAGUUCCAAACUACAGUCUCAAUCGGAAAGCAUAAAAGAGGCGAUCAAGAAAAGAUUAGUAACGGAAGCAGAUGGGAUGUUUCGGUGGUCUGCACUUCAGAUGGAGGUGCUCAAGAGCAAAAGGAUCCUUCGUGGACGCGACAUUCUGAAGAUUCUGGCUACCUUACCCCCAGACUUGGACGCGACAUACGAAAGAAUUCUAACCAGCAUCGACUCGUCAUUCGUUGAUGAGGCCGUCACCGCCCUCAAGUGGCUAACUUGUGCAAGUCGACCAAUGUUCUUAGAAGAGCUAGUUGAGGCAUGCAUCAUCCAGCCUGAUGAAUUCACCGCUGUCGAAAACGACCGACGUUUCUCGCCGCUUGACAUUCUGGAAAUUCUGCCAGGAUUGGUUAGGAUUGAACCAGACACAGCAGAGUUUGAUGUGUCAAGUCGACGGUCACAUACUAUCACUCUAUCGCACUUCUCGGUGAAGGAAUAUCUCCUCAGCAGUCGCAUUCGAAUGGGGCCCGCGAAGGAAUUCAGUAUCGAUUUAGAACUCGCCCAGUAUCAUCUCACCCGAAGCUGCUUGGCGUAUGUUCUGUACUGCCAAUCCUUGGAUGUGCCAUAUUACCAUCAAACUCACCCCCUUGGCGACUAUGCCCAUAGUCGAUGGCCAUUACAUCUUGCUCAAACCCAAGACCACAAGGUUUAUGACCUAAGCUCACAGGUCAUUAAGCUAUUUCGAAGUGCCAAGUCUUGCCUGCGUUGGAUCGAAAGUACUUCGAUUGAGCGGCGCAUGUUCGGUAAAGGUCACAAGCUGCUUAUGCUCAAGCUUCCUUCCCAUGCUUAUGCCACUCAUGACUGGACUUCGCACUACCUGCUCUCUCACUCAAUAGCCAGCAAAAACACACAUAUCGUGCGUCUGCUGUUGAAUUCUGGUCUUCGCCCACACUCGUCAGAGGCAGCCGGGUACCCGUUGAAGAUAGCGGCACGUGAAGGGGAUUUGUCCAUGAUCCAGCUCCUACUAAGUUAUGGUGCAAGCCACGAAGGGGCUCUACUAAUUGCGUUGCGAGCCAAGCACGAAGCAAUUUCCAGAGUCUUGCUUGCUCACGGAGCUCAAGUUGAUCUAGCCGAGUUGUUGAUUGCAGCGAAACAUGCAUCAAAGGCAUUCUUCGCUUUGAUACUCUCAAAAGUAUCUACGCUGAGAACAAUCGAUGCCAUAAAGGUACUUGAUGCGGCUCUUGGGUCUCAGAACCACGACUCUGCUGUUGCAAUAUUCCAAGCCCUUCUUCAGCACAAACUGAAACUACGGGAUUUACUGAUCAGGACAAAUCGCAUACCUGAUCAAGGUUCGCGGUGGGACCCCUUUUUGGAUGGAAUCAUUUCAGCGACAUUAAAGUUCAAUUCCACCCGAACCAUCGAUUUUGUUCUACGUUCUUUAUCGAGACCUGAAUUGGGCACAUUGAAUAUCGAAGCCUUGUUCUUAGAAUCUGUCGUCGCAGGAAGUCAGAACGCGACCAGACUACUCAGUGAUUAUCCACGGAUUCCUGUUUCUCCAGAGGCGAAAAAGCUGAUGACUACAUGGGAGAGUUUGAGCCUCAACAGCCGCUUCUCAACCGGUGUAAUCGCGAUGCAUGACCAGUUUGUCUUGAACAGUGUAUCAAUGCCAGAGGGCAGGGUAGAGCUGGCCUUCGAGUUAAGCUGGCGGACUCUCCACCUGAUUGAGCCUGAUGUGGUUGACCGUUGUCUACAGCAUUGGCCAGCAUACCAUCGAGCAGCAUUGUCUCCCAAGCCUAUCACUCAAAAUGACUACGAAACCGCGAGUCGAAGACUGUGGAAGCCGUGGCGGCCGCCUGGCAACAUCAGAUCGUACAUUGUCCUCAGUGGGCCAUACUCCUCCUUCCUCACUCAGAUUUCUUCACUGCAGAUUAUAUCAGCGAUCGAUCUUCUGGAAAUACAUCACUCAAUCAUUGGUACAAACAUUGUUUGA